GUCUGCGACGACGUUGUUGUUGUUGUGGUGGUGCUGCGCUGCCAUCGUAACGAGCCGCCGCUUCUGAACGCCUUGGAAGACGCGAAUGGAGUUCGAAUAAAGUGGACGGAUUUACAGGGAAACGCUUGCCGAAUUAGUUCGAAGUAGGAAAAUCUGUGACGUCAAUGUUGUAAUACACGGACACACGGCACCUCAGUUCAGUAUGAACUUUACCUUCAUAGUUGAAGAUGCCAACAGGUGAGAAUGAGACAAAACAAAAGGCCAAAGCUCGUUUAGAAGAUGUUUUUAAGAGUUACACAGGACUUCCUACAGAUAAGAAAAAAUCAAAGAAAAAAAGUACUCCGAAUCAAGAGGAAAUUGCUCUUGAUUCUUUGAGAAAGAGUCUUGACCUACAGAAGAAAUCUGAAGAUGAUGAGACUAUCUUGAAUAACACAUACAAUUCAGAGGAGCAGAGUCCGCGUUUCACAAAGAAUAAACUGAGAGACCUUAAAACAUCUUCCACUGAAAAAAUAAUUAACAGUUUUUACAAUGAAGAAGAACCAAAAUAUGUUAAACCUAAGAAGAAGAAAAAGAAGGAAGCAGUGGAGGAUCCAAGACAAAAUGAAGAUAACUACGAUGGGCUUGGCAUUUCAGUUAGGAAUGAGGACUCCCAGCUUCCUAAGGCAGUAACAUAUAAUCCCAUUUUAGAGUCUGAUGAUAUCAUCAAGAAAUCUAGUAAAAGGACGAGAAAGGUUCCGAGGUUGCCUGAGGAAAGGGAAUUAACAACUAACAUGCAAGAGUAUGAUAUCCAGGUACAACAGACUAACGAAGAUGCAAUUAGAAUGAAGCUGAAAAAAAAGAUUGCAGAGAAGAUGAUGGAAUCGAUGGAAGCUAUUAAUCAGGAAGUGGUUUUAAAUAAUGAAACUGAGCGAAAGAAGAAGAAGAAGAAAGAGAGAAUAAUAACUAUACCUAAAGAUGAAACCAGUGUCGUAUCUGCACCAGAACAGCAAGAUGACCCAAUUGAAGGAACUAGUAAGAAGAAAAAGAAAGAAGAGAUUGUGAUUGCUAAAAAUUCAGAUGACACCUGGCCUAGAAAACAGGAAAAGGAAGAAAUUAUUGAAGAGCAACCAUUGCCAAUGCCAAAAGGGAAGAAGAAGAAGAAGAAGAAAAAGGAUGAAGCAUUAGUUGAAGAAAGACCAGCUGAAGAUAUUAUUUCCGCUGAACCUGAGAGUGAAACCUUUCAAAAUGAAGUAAAGCAUUCGUUUGAUGAAAGUCUUGUACUAGGGGUUUACAUCCACAGAACAGAUCGACUAAAGACUGACAUGAUGGUAUCUCACCCCAUGGUAAAGGUUUAUGUAGUUGAUGAAACUACUGGGGAAUACUUGAGGAAGGAGAACAGCUGUCGUCCUGUUUCAUCCUUUUAUGAGCAAGAAAAGGUGGAGCAUAUUUUGCCUAUUAUGACACAACCUUAUGAUUUCAAAAAAUAUAAGUCAACUGUCCCAGAGUGGGAGGAACAGAUUGUCUUCAAUGAGCGAUUUGGAUACUUUUUACAGGAGAAUGAGCAAAGUCCUAAAGUAAUCUUAUUUUUCGAGGUCCUUGAUUUCAUGAGCAUGGAUGAAGCCAGGGCUAACUUUGAAUUACAGACUAAGCAGGAGAGGGGCUUUCGAAAAAUUGCAUGGGCAUUUUUGAAGCUUGUAGGCACAAACAAUGUACUGAAUGUCAACAAUAAAGUUAGACUGCAGCUUUACUACCCUCAUAUAAAAAGCAGGACAAAACCAAAUAUCAUUGAAAUUUAUGAAUGGUGGAAAAAUUUCCCACGGAAUCGAUAUCCAUCAACACUUUAUGUUACAAUCAAAGGCCUAAAGUUACCAGAAAAGGUGGACCCCAGUGUUCGCUCCAUGAUGGCUCUUCAACAGGAGAGGGGUAGUACAUCGUACAGUGAGCUCCAGAGUGAAAUGGCAGGAAAGGGUGCUAGUUUACUUCAGGAUGAAAAGAUAUCUGGGCUGAUGAAGUGGAGCAGACUACCUGGACAGGUGUGCCGCAUCCCAAAUAAGCUUUUCCUGUCUUUUAAAGGGGGACAGAUGGGAUGUUUUGCUGUUCGUUUCUCCCAUAAUGGAAAUAUUUUAGCAACUGCCUGUGCAGACAAGGAUGGGUAUCCCAUAGUAGCAUAUGAAAUUCCUUCUGGUAAAGUUUUAGGAGCAUUUAAUGGUCACCUAAAUAUUGUUUAUGAUCUUUCCUGGUCUAAAGAUGAUAAAAGUCUCCUCUCUGCAUCCUCUGAUGGAACUGUAAGAGUUUGGAACAUGGAAACAUUUCAAGGAUUGGUGGAAAAGGUGCUCCCUCACCCCUCAUUUGUCUAUGCUGCCCAAUUUCACCCUGCUGCCCAGUAUUUGGUAGUGACCGGAGGCUAUGACUGUGUAAUUCGCAUAUGGAAUGUGAAAGUAAAAAAUACAAAUGGCCAACUGCUUCAGGAAUUUGAUGGCCAUAAAAGCUUCAUCAACACACUUUGCUUCAGUAAAGAAGGAAUAAAUAUGUUUUCUGGAGACAGCUCAGGUCUCAUUAUUGUGUGGAAUACAUUUGCAGAAGAAAAUUUUCAUCUCCGUCAGAUACAGCAGUGGGGCAUUGAAAAAGAAAUACAGGAGAAUGACUUGAAAGGAGUUUCAAUAAAUCACUUGGAGGUGCACCCAAAUGGACGUCGUCUGCUAAUUCAUGCUAAAGACAGCACUCUCAGAAUAAUGGACUUGAGAAUAUUAGCUGCAAAAAAGUACACUGGUGCCACAAACUACCGAGAGAAGAUCCACAGUAACCUCACUCCCUGUGGAAGUUUUCUUUUUUCUGGAAGUGAAGAUGGCAUGGCUUAUGUCUGGAAUGCAGAGACAGGAGACCAGGUUGCAGUGUACUCUGAGCUCUGUUACUCAUCUCCACUUCGUGAUGUUGCUUUUCAUCCUCAUGAGAACAUGGUGGCAUUCUGUGCAUUUGGAUCUCACCAUCCAGUUUAUGUUUAUUUAUAUGAUCGCAAAGUUGCUCAAAUGGAAGCGGAGGCUGUGAAAGACGUGGAAGGACAUCUUAUUGCAACAGUUCCUAAGGGGCCCAGGUUUCUGUGCAAUGUUUCAGAUGUUGCCACACUGCAGGAUUCAACAUUGUCUUCCAUGGAUGGCUUUGCAAGAUCUGCUAGGAAGUCAAUGCGAAAGCAGCAAGUGAUGCAAUUGCUGGAUUCGGUUCUGGAACCAUUGCAACAUAACAUCUCUGCGACUGACUACAUGUAUGAAAAUUCAGGCAUGAUUUCUGCUAUGUCGGGGGGUUUGAUUAAUGACAACAGUACCAGGAAUCCUGUAAGCAGUACCUACUUUCAAACGGUCAGCUCAAAUGUUUCGCUUCCUGCUCCAUCUUUGCUCUCGCCACACUCCAAACUAAGACUUCCCAGUUCAUUUGGCACUCAGCUGAUUGCUCCGCAGUCCCUGACCUCGCACGGUGGGAGGUUCAGCCCAGUCGGACAGCGUUUUGCUCGGACUCCAUCAUUCAAACUGCACACGAGUCUUGCGGAUCCCUCAGCGUCAUUCCUUAGAUUUGAAACAAAUGUUUUGCCAACUGUUCAGCAAAGAGUUGUCGCCCUCUACGACUACACAGCGAAUCGAUCAGAUGAACUAACCAUACGUCGUGGUGACAUUAUCCAAGUGUUGUACAAAGAUAAUGAUAACUGGUGGUUUGGACAUCUAGCAAAUGGACAGCAAGGCUACUUUCCGGCUAAUUAUGUGGCUGAUGAAACGGGGUAUGAGGAGGAUUUGUCCCGCACACUUGAGCCAAACUCUGAAACAUCCAACCAGCAAGAAGAAGCUGAACAGAGGACUCCAACACCCACAAAGAUGACAGCAGUAAUCAGCAGGCGGGGAGAACUGAAGCUCAUCUCGGAGCACGAGACGGAUUCAGAAUCGCCAGCAUACCAGGUCCAUAAAAAGAAAAAGAAGAAAACAACAUCAGGAAGAAAGUUGGACGCUGCCAUCCCUCAAUAUUCCUCUGAAUCUGCAGCAGUUGAAGUGGAGCAGCAGCAAUUUAGUGAGACUGCGAGAAAAAGGAGGACAAAGUCACAUGUAAAACACUCUGACGGGAGUGGAAACGUCAAUGACGGCUUUCAAGUGGACUAAUAGGUGCACAAUGAAUGUAUAAGGCUGAACGGCGGGUGACAUGACACCUCACUACCUGAGUAACAAAAAGAGGUUCGACUGAAAGAUACUCACUCAAACAUUUCACAAGGUCACAAUAUGGAGGAGCCAGAGAACCACUUCUUCAUUUAUGCGACCUUCAUGGACUACAGUAGUUCUACGCUGCUCCAGGUACUGAGUCUAGGCAGAGUUUUGCUUUAUUUAUUUAGCUGCAAAAUGUAUUGUACAAUUGUACGUAUUAUGUUAAGUCAGAUAUCUAAGGAAGAUGCUCAAAUUUAUAUUUACCUUUUUUCAUCAAAAAAAGAAAUUUUUUAUAAGAAUUAUGUAUAUAAUUAAUUUUUAACAAAUUUGAUGUAUUUUCAAUAUGCUUUUUAGGUAUAGGCAUACGAUUACACACCACUGGUGACUGUUUUUUUCCCUUAAUCAAAAUUGUACACUUCACUAAAUAUACAGUACAUCCAUCUUUAACAACUUGGAGUGCUUUACGUCAGUUACAUGGCAGCCUCAGUUUUUAUAGCGUAGUGUAACACACUCUUCAUUACGAGUUUGUUUAAGACAAGAGAGUUGAGUGAAAAGCCUUCAGAGAUCCGUUUCUAUGGUAUCAUGGAUGAAGUCCCACUUCAUUCAAACAGUUAAACUUUUUGUGAAGAACUAGGAGGCUUCACCCCCUGCUUGCUUCACUCGCCAACCCCUUAUCCCCCCCCCUUGUGAAGAGGGGGGCUGAAUGCACCCAAAAGAGAUCCGGCCGCUCCUCCAAAACCCUCUUAAAACGGUGAAACAAUGGGAAGCAAAUACUUCUUUUUUUUUUUUAACCUCCUCUUUGCUCGAUCAGCUGCUGCCUUGCCUCGUGAUCUGCAUUUUGUGUGGCGCUUCAAACAUUAAUCGCGGGACAUGAAAGUGUCUCUUCAAAAGAUCAUGUCUCAUCGCAAGAUUUUUUUUUAUAAUAGAGAGAUAUGAAGCAUGUCUUGUAUUAUAUUUAUUUUUUAUAGCACCUGCUUAAAGGAAUACUCCACCCAAAAAUGAUAUUCUUUCUAUAAGUUACUUACUCCAUGUAGUUUGUAGUAAGAGCUGAGAAAAAGUUUUAAUGUCAUGUUUUCAGGCAGAACAGAGAGAGAGAGAGAAACACAGACAGACAGAGUGAGUGUGAGUGAGAGACACAGAGACAGACAGAGACAGAGUGUGAGUGAGUGAGUGAGACAGACAGACAGAGAGUGUGAGUGAGACAGACAGACAGAGUGAGUGAGUGAGAGAGUGAGUGAGAGACACUGAGACAGACAAACAGACAGAGAGACGUUUCUGACCCAGUAGGCAUUUGAGGUGACAACAGAAAACGAUAUCAAAAACUCUGACAUGACUUGUAUUGUGCAAUUCACAUGUCAAGUCACUCCGUCGUAUGCUCACAACAUGGGAAUACAAUUCCUGUGUCUGCACUACUCUUAUUUAUUUAAUGAUGUUUUGGAGAAAAAAAAAAAGCAUUUUUCCACAUUGUUAGCACAUGGCUGAAUAAAUGACAUGUGGGUUAUGUGGGGCAUUUUUGGAAGUUGCUUAAAUGUUUUCCACCAUAGACUUUUGUUCCACCAGGAAAGUUUGUUAUCUCUCUUCUCCAUGAAAAUAUCCCAUUAAUUUUUUGUCAGCCAUUACAAACUACAUGGGGUAAAGCAACCAAAAAACAUUUUCAAUUUUUUGGGUAGAGAACUCCUUUACAUUACAUAGAAGUGUACUAAUUUCUAUACACAGCAUUAUAUUUUUAUGUAGUAAUAAUCUAAAUGUCCUUAAUAUCCUGCCUCACCAGUAAAAACGUUUUUCAUCCGUAAUGAUGGUUUAAAAAUGUGUCACCAGUUCCGUGUGGUUUCACCUCAUAAGUCAAAUGUGCACUUUCUUUAAAUGUCUACUUUGAUACAAUCCUUACUAUGCUGUUUUACCCAAUCAAACAUAUUUGCAGGCAAAUGUAUUUGAUAUCCUUGAGCUGCAUGUCAACGAAAUUGUUUUCUAUAAUAAUAAUAUGAUUUAUAAAAGGAUAAGUGUC